CACUGUAACAUACUCACGCGUGAUCGUAGAGGCGCGACACGAUCAAACAGCGACUCUCGUUCUUGGACUUCAACUACACCGAUCCCCACGCUAACUUCGACAGGUCGCAAGUGAAGGGUCUUGUAGCGUCGCUUGUCUCACUUGCACCGGAGGAUUACAACAAGUCUACUGCACUCGAGAUCGCGGCAGGCGGGAGGCUGUAUAACGUCGUAGUUGACAACGAGCGUGUCGGCAAGGACCUCCUGCAGAAUGGUCGGCUGAGGAAGCGCGUCACCAUCAUCCCGCUGAACAAGAUCAACGCGCACAAGCUUUCUGCGCAGGUGCGUCGAGUCGUUCUAUGCACCAUCGAACGUUGAUCUAUCUCGAGAACAGAAAAUGACCGCGGCGAACCGUUUGGCCCAAGACAAAGUUCGCUUGGCAAUCUCGCUUAUUGGGUACCCCGAGGAAGUCGCGAACGCGAUGAGCUUCGUUUUCGGCGAGACCCUUAUCUGUGAUGAUGCAGAAUCUGCGAAGCUCGUUACCUUCUCGAGCGCUGUCGGCGUGAAGUCUGUGACCAUCGAUGGUGACGUGUACGACCCCUCGGGUACCCUUAGUGGAGGUGCCGCUCCGAGCGGAAGCGGUGUCCUUGUGCGUGUGCAAGAGCUCCUCGAUGCAGAGCGCAAGCUUGGCGAAGCGCUUGGCCGGCUGCAAGCGCUCGAACGCGAGGAACAACGCACGAGGCAAGGUCGCGAACAGUGGAAGCAGCUUGCGAAGGAAGUCGAGCUCAAGGAGCACGAACUUGCCCUUCUCGAGCAGCAGGUGGCUGGCAGCAAUUCGGCUAGGGUGAGCGCUGCUUGAGCAUACACC